AUGGUCCACUUUAAGAUCGUUCAAUGGGGUCGAGGUGCACAGGGCAUGUGGUCUCAGAUCGUCAAGUGUAUCGCUCGUCUUACGCGCCAGCAAGGCCUGUCAGGACGCUUUGUGGAUAUCCGAGAGGACGCGGAAGAAGCGCAGGAUUUUGCAUUGAGACCUAUUGCACACAAACUAGAAGCGCUGGAUAACCCACUGCACCCUCUAACUCCUGGACGAUACGAACUACAAGGUAUCACCAUCGCAGAGAACACGUUCGUGUACGAAUGUGCUGUGACUUUCACUCUACAGACCAAUGGGAUGAUGUCUGGGACGUCUCGAGAGUUGCCGUUCACGCAAGAGUGCCCACUUGCUGGGAUGUGGACUCGAAGUGGACUCAACUUCUUGCUGGAGUACGAGAUGCACGGCAAUAAGCACACGUAUAUCUACUUUGGCUCUCCAUUUCGAUCAGGUUUGCAAGGUACGUGGCAGAACUCCGAGCUGCGAGUGUUGGGAGGCAAUCUCGACGCACGAACAAGUCAAGCUGAACGCGGUAUCUUAGAGUUCCAGCUGGUUAAAGCUGCUCGAGUCUGGAGCGAAACAUAUCACAAAGACUACCCGGCAGCGUUCAGGGAGUGUGUGAAGCUGCUGUUGCUUGCAUCUCAUCGAGAUGGGAUCCUACCCAACCACUUAUGGAGCUCUAUUGUGUCGUAUUGUGGAUACAACUGGUUCCGUAGUGAGCUGCAAAAGUCACUGGCAGCUACUGAGACCAAAGGCUGCGAUAACGAAGUCGCGAAGGUGCCAUGA